UAAUUUAGCAACGAUUGCUGUUAAUGGCUAUUUGCUCCUAAAGUUUAACCUAUGGCAGUGGAGUAUGUUUGUAACGGAACGACAGUCCCGUGAUUUGUUAAGCGCUGGUAACCAAGGAAGCCAUAGACCACGGGAGAAGAGGGUGCUGUCACUUCAUAACCAUGGAGUAACAACUUAUUCAGUAUUCUGUCCUUCUGAGAAAGAAUGGCGGUGAUGGUACUGGGCGUCGGUACCGGGGUCUUUCUCAUCAUCCUCAUCUGGAUCGUGGCUCUGGUGUUUGGCAUUAUUCUUUCAAGAGCUUCAGGAGCAACAAAGCUUUCCAUAAUCCCGGUGUUUUUCCUGGCGCUCACCGUCACACUGGUCCUGGUGUUCUUCCCCCGCAGCUCGGAGACUCCCUCUCCGAUCGGGGAGACGGAGAUCGUGGACGGCUUCUUCGUUGGUCGCUACGUGCUCCUGUCGGUGGCUAGCCUGGUCUUCCUGGUGGCCUUCUUCAUGCUCUUACCCAUGCACUUCCUGGAGCCUGUCUACGCCAAGCCUCUGAGGCAGCACUAGAGCCAGGGACCUGCCUCUGUAGGUCCAGGAACCAGCACCAGGGGCAUGCCUCUGUUGGACCCGAGACUCAGUUACCUGCUUCUGCAGGACCAGGGACCAGGACCAGGGACAUGCUUCUACAGGACCAGGGACUAGCAGCAGGGACCUGCUUCUACAGGACCAGGGACCAGGACCAGGGACCUGCUUCUACAGGACCAGGGACUAGCACUAGGGACCUGCUUCUACUGGACCAGGGACGUGCUUCCACGGGUCCCAGGGACCAGCGCCUGGGCCCGUGGGCUCUGCCGCACAGGCCGAGCCACACUGAGAGCCCGGUCACGGGUCCUUCCCUUACCUGUCUCUGUGACGGUGACAUUGAAACACGGCGUCCUCGCGGCACAGCGAAAUGAAACGAGACCAUUUAGAAUGUCCUCAUUUCACAAGCAUGAGUGACUGCAGAGCCAGCAAAAUUCAAUGGAUUUCAGAUGGCGAGCACAGCAGAAUCCGCAUUUUCUACACCACGUCCUUGUUUGCAUUCCACAUAAUAUGUGGAUCUUCGGCAUUCUGACUGACUUUUAACAGUUUUUUUUUUUUACUUUGAAGUGUUAAUUUAUUGUAUUUUGAUGUUUAGUACUGACUUUUUAGUUGUCAAAUAGAGUACAAUCUGUAUAUUUUUAUAGUUGUGGUUCUUUUUAUACUGUUGAGUGUCAGAUCACAGCAAUAAACAGUGUGUUCUCCA